CCCGUUCACUGCUCGGAAGGAUGGAAACAAUGCAGCGAAGCCUAGAGUGGGCAAGGGGUACGCUCUUGAAUGUUGCUUCAGCAGACGGCCUGAUAGCUUAAGUGUCCGAGUUCAUCGAGGAGAUUCGCACCUAUGGUCGGCAUGCACAACAAGUUCCGGUUACCAGGCUCCAUUGACUUGGACUGGAGCAAUGGGGGCUCCUCAUUAUCACAUCACCGGAGAGCAGCUGAGGUUUCUCAUGUCCUGUGCUUUCAGCCUCUCUCAGAUGGCUGAGAUUUUCCAUGUGUCCCGUUCCACAGUCAAACGGCGUCUACGACGCUUGAAUCUUUCACAGGCAGGGCGUUUUUCAGACUUGUCAGACACUGCUCUGGACGAUAAGGUUAAGGACCUUGUGGCUGGGAAUGACAGAGUUGGACCGGAGUCCGUCCGAGCACAACUGAGGGCAGAGGGAAUCCGGGUGCAGAGACGCAGAGUGAGGGACAGUAUGGUUCGCGUUAACCCGAGGGCGGUUGCCCUCAGAGCCAUGUCUCAGAGGCUGCACAGAAGGUCCUACUGUGUCACUGGUCCAAAUUCUUUAUGGCACCUGGAUGGAAACCACAAACUGAUAAGGUGGAGGAUAGUCAUCCACGGUGGCAUUGAUGGCUACAGUCGCCUUGUUGUGUUUCUCCGUGCUUCCAGCAGCAAUCGCAGCAGUACUGUAAUGGACUGCUUCAUGAAAGCAGUGACCAGAUAUGGUGUUCCGUCCAGGGUCAGAACAGACCACGGAGGAGAAAACAACGCUGUCUGUUUAUUCAUGAACAUUUUCCGAGGGUCUGGUAGAGGCAGUGCUUUGAGGGGAAGGAGCACACACAAUCAGAGGAUUGAGAGACUGUGGCGUGGCCUGACCAAUGUCUACUACCAUCUGUUCAAUUUCCUUGAGAGUGAGGGGAUUGUGGACAUUGACAAUGAAAUGCAUGUCUGGGCUCUGCAUUAUGUGUAUCUCCCUAGAAUAAAUAGAGACAUGGCAGACUUCUGCCGGCAGUGGAACCACCAUGGUUUGAGGACUGAGAGGCACCAGUCCCCUCUGCAGAUCUUCGUUAGAACCUGCCUUGCACAACAGAGGCUACCUAUUACUGCAAUGCAGGACCUCUUUGCUGCCACACCCACAGGAGGUGAAAGGGCAGACAGCACUGUACCCAGAGGUAUGGACGGGGCGGGGCGGCUCAGGGCGGUGGCGGCAGGGACACCUGUUGUUCACUGGCCAGAGAGAGUGACCAUACCUCCAAACCAGUUUACUUUGGGAAAUGCUCUCAUGCAAGUACUUGCCGCACAAAUCAAUCCCCUCGGAGGCCUCAGAACAGCCCUUGGAAUGGACAUCCUGCAAGAGGUCAUUUCUUUCCUGGAGUCCUCAAAUGACCAAUAAGAUUUUGGACUUUCAGACAAGGAAUACGAAAUGAGAAUUAUAUUUGCACUGCCAGUUGCACUGCUACUUACUUUACUCUGUAAACGUUUUUUUUUUGCUUUUUGUCUUUUAUUGACCUUUUUGAUGUUUCAUCAACUGGUGCCAAGUUGUUGAACAG